AUGAGAAUACAGGUUUAUGAAAAUCCUGAGCUUGGAGGAAGAAAGAAGGAGUUCAGUGCGAGCUGCGAAGACUUAACGAAGUAUUUACCUAAAGGCGCCGCGUCAAUCUUGGUGCCACAAAACUCAGAGCCUUGGCAGAUUUUCACUGAUGUCCAAUUUGAGGGCGAGGUAGAAAUCUUAUAUCCUGGUGACUAUGAGACGCUGAAUGAGAUAGGACUCAAAAGUCCCGUGAGGAGCUUCCGAAAGGCACCUCAACGACUCGUUAUAAAGCUGUUUGAAAACCGUGAGUUUGGAGGAAAUAAAAAGGUUUUCUUUAAAAGCUGCGAUGACUUAACCGCUCACUUUCCGGAAGGAGCCUUGUCAGCAAUUGUGAAUGAACACUGCAGAACUGGUUGGGAGUUGUACUCAGAAACUCACUAUGGUGGGGCUAAAGUGGUCUUGAAACCUGGAAAUACUUACCCAAACGAAGGAGGAAUAAGGCGCAGGGAUUCUGUGAAGAGCUUUAGAAAAGCUCAUGAUAUUCCGGGGCCAAUGUUAUUUCGUCAAAAGCCCUCCGCUGCAAAAUUCGCAUGAUAUGAAAAUACAGGAACCGUUCAUUCAAAUAUCUGGGCCAAAUGAAGAGAAAGAACACCUCUGCUUGUAUAACUGAUCCAGAAUUUCUAGUUUUUUGAGUAAAUGGCGGAAAUAUAUAUCUGGCUUUGCCAUUUUUUAUAAUCAAUGUUGUGUAGGAGAGACAGAAUAGAUGCCUCGGUGUAAAAACUUUAGCCGCAUACGGUUAAUCUCAGUGUUAAGUUACUCUUACGCAAUACAGCUUUAUUGACGUUGUUAUUAGUUCCCUUGUCAGUGUCUGUAAUAAUAAA